CAACUAGUACAACAUCUAUCAACUCUAUCAACAACAUGAUCUUACUAGUGCAAGUUCAACAAGAAGUACAUCAAGAAUUAUAGCAGGAGAGUCCUGCGGAGAACCAGAAGAACAGAAGAGUCUCUGUCUCACUGGAGCUGGUAUAAUUUGCUCUUAGAAGUAUGGCGUGGUCUUUCUUUGUGCUUCGACAAAUUAUAAGUGCAUUUAUGCUGCUGGAAACAAAACAAAGAUGACAAAAAUUAUGAUGCACUUGUUCAACUUACACGUAAUAUUUGUUGUAGAAACGAAAUUGACGAUUUUUGAAGCUGCUCACGAACACAACUACUUCUACAACAGGUAAAAAUAGCCGUACUUACUCCAGACAGGAGGACAAGAAGAAAGUCGACGGUGAAUUUGUUCAAUAUUAUGGUAAAGGCCUCAGAAGACGCGGCCUCAGCAAGGCUUCUUCCACAGCAGCCCUUCACUUCCUCAGAAAGCUUCUUCCACGGCACGAUGCGGCUUCUGCGAGGAUCCUCAUCGUUUAAAACGGAUUGCCACGAUGACCAGUUGGGAGACGACAUGGAUUUCGAUACUAGCAACCGUGCUGUUAAGGCUGUCUUAAUGCUAAUUAUAGUAGUAAAAGUGAGAAGAUACUACUUAUAUAUAGUACUAAAUAAUUCAUCUAACUUCUACUUCUACUUGUGAUCUCCUGAAAGUGUGAUUUCAUCAUCUUUGAGGACCUGUCCUGUCUUGUAAUGAAUCUGCUAUCCAUCGUAGUUGCAAAUCUUGCGCUCCUACGUGAAUGAUCCGAAUAGAUAUGAGGAAAACAAACAUGUCCAACCAAGAGGAUGUAGAUGAAUCCUACAAGUAUAUUACAACGAGGGAUCUGGAUUCUGAUGCAUCCUAAUUAAGUCCUGAACUUGUACCUCAUGCUAGGUAAAUGAAUGAAUGAAUGAAUGAGUGGGCGCUCAUUGAGGAGCUGCUCUAAUUCUACGGCGAACAUUACGUGUCGGCAAAACAGUACUACUUCGGACGAUUCUGGCGCGAUCCUGAGAUCCAUUUCCACCACCUCAUCCAGCAAGAACAGCGAACCAGACCACCACAAUAACGACAUCACCUCUAGUAGGGGUAAUAUUGAUGAUAGUAACUUCUACUACACCUCUAGCAGCAGGCUUCAUCAGUUUCAUCGUACUACUUCACCUAGUGAAGAUAGGAGGAACUCCAAUUGCUCUAGCAGUACUCGGGGUUGCUUCCCUACUGGUUGUACAAACAGUGGUGGUGCUGGAGCACCAGCACCAUCAACUUCAGUAGGAGAUGAGAAAGAUGAGGCUUCUCUUUCAUCUAGAGAGAUGAAUGGUGCAAUAACUCGAUUAACGGAGAGGGUCCUCGUGGAGCAUCAAACAGGGUCCGAGAUGAAGAAGGAGUGGCUCCAACAUCGACUAGAAGUUGAAGAAGAAGUGGCUCCUCCACCAGUUUUUGACACCGCGCAACUAAAGGCGUUUGGCCACUGUUUUCAAGAAGAGAAACGAGAUUCGAAUAUCAGAGGACUAUCGAAAAAUCGCCGCGAGAGGGAACACGUCGCAGAAGAAAAGCAACAAAUUUUGAAGAAGACAACCUCUGCACCAGGGACCUCUGCCAGGCCAAAACAUCAUGUAGUUGUAGUGAUGAAGGAGCAACGAAAAAGCGACUCUUCAUCAUCAUCACCUACCAGCACAGAUGAACAAGUGGUCCGAAAUCAGAGAAUAACAUCCACCGCAAAAAAGAAAAUAAUUCUUGAAAGUAGAAUUGGAGAAGAUCAUGCAAGAACUGAUAAAAACCAUAUUAACCUCCAGGCAAACGCAAAUAAACAACUUCUAGUAGGCGGACAACAGCCAUGUCCUCCUCUAGUACUUCCAAAGAACCGCUAUAGUAUCCUUGGAGAGGACACUGACGAUUAUAUUGAGCCCAGAUGUGCAGAGAGCAAGGAAGAUUUGAUAGUGCACCCUCUCCUGGUUCUUGAAGCUGUUUCUAAAGACCACCCAACUUCAAGUUGUAAUAAGACCUCUACUUCUUCGUCUUGUAGUUCGUCCAAUGGAGGCAGUGCUGGAAAAGAAUCCGAGAGAAGAUCGGGUAACAGUAAGAAGGGAGGACGUAAAAAUCUUGUCCACCAAGAAUCACAUCUUCACAGGCCCUCUUGCUCUAGUACUAAUCAAAGUUCUCCUAGAAGACCACCUGGCACACCUUCUACAACUAGAGGUACUUCUUCUUCUACCACUACCAGUUCUUGCAACAACCACAACAACGAGACUUCAUCUUCUAUGAAUGGUAUAAAAACGCCUUUGCUCAGUCGCACUACGAGUUGCGGAGUCGUCUCUUCCAAUUUGUCCACUUCUAGUCCCAGAAACUCCGCCUCUUCUUCUGUGAGACGGAACAAUCGUCUUCUGAAGUUUUUCUUCCGGCAGCCGCCACUAAUUGAGCUACCGGUCGAACUGCGGAACAGCGUGCACGAGUCCGAAUGUUCGUCACGCACCAGUGCCAGUGGCGAGCCCACAAGUGUAAAAGCUCCUCUAAGAUCGUCCUCUUACCGUGUAGAGUUCCCUUGGAAAGAUGAUGAUGACGUCCUCCCGCCGCGUGGUCAACUACAACAGGAGCAAGAAGAGCAGGGAAUACUAUACGACCAACAUGAAGAUGAUGACGAAGAAAUACUAGCUGAAGAAGUAGCUGGUGAGAUACAAGUAGAAGACAUCAAAGUAGAUCAUGUCCUCCAGCGGGACGAGAGUGUGCGUGUUGACGAACAAGCUGCUGCGCAACCGGGUAGCAGUGGAGGAUCCUCAAGUAGCACUUCUACCAGCAAAAGCAAUGGUGGUGGAAAGAGCAAGAAUGGCAGAGUUAGUAGUUGCGGUGGUGGGGAGAAAACUGUAACUGCAACUGGUGAUGAUGAAAGUGAUUCUACCAUAUCUUCUCUAGGACUCGCGGCCGCCGCGUCGUCUCCCGAAAUAAAUAGUGUCAAGGCUUGGAACAAUACAGACAUAGGAAACGAAAACAAGAUGGCGAGGGAGCGUCAACAUUUGCUGGAGGUGGAAGAUAACGUCGAUAACACCAGUGGACUUGGAGAUGAAUUCACUGAGGACUUUGGCAACGACGUGAUAAAUAGUGUCAAGGCUUGGAACAAUACAGACAUAGGAAACGAAAACAAGAUGGCGAGGGAGCGUCAACAUUUGCUGGAGGUGGAAGAUAACGUCGAUAACACCAGUGGACUUGGAGAUGAAUUCACUGAGGACUUUGGCAACGACGUGUCCUUGUUGUCUUUUCGAGGACCACCAUUAAGAGUAGGCUAAAGGUGUUUUUGUUACCGUUUGUUAUGGCUCUCUUAAGGGGGACAGCCCCAACAAGCGGGAUAAACGAACACCAAGAGCCUACCUCUAGCACCAGCUUCCCGAACUCCAAGUCCACACUUUCGCGCCAGUCCUUCUCGCGGAGACCUUUCCACACCUGGCUCACGUGCGUCCUCUCCGUUCCGAGUUCUUCCGAAACACGGCGGACGAUUGGAAUUGCAUCCACCACCGUUGCCACCGAUUUUGGAGAAAGAGACGAGUGAGGAAACCGUAGGUGGCACGCCUAUCAGUCGGCGAAAUAAUAUGGAAACGCGAGGACAUACUAUCUUCACCAGAGGAACUUCGGAGACUUCUAGCAUAUCAUCUUCAUCGCUGUUUGCCACCAUGAUGGAACAAGGUAAUAGUAAUCAAUAUGUUGCAGUCGGAGACGGAGCAGAUACGAUUCAUCUGAGGAGGAACUCCAACAGCUGCGAAAACAUGCUAGAAACAGAUGAGGCACAUCACGCUGACCUUGAUGUUGUAGAUGAACAGGAGCUCGUCAAUGAAGACAGCACUACAUGCAAUGCAGCGGCAGCUUCGGCGUCUACAACAAGCUCCACCACCAAUUACAACGCUGUGGAUGAGAAGCUCUUAGAAGGAGUAGCUGCGGUCAAUAAUGAACAGGAGCAAACAUCUUCUUGUUCUUCAACAGCAGCAGCAGCUGCGCCAGUAGUUGCAGAAGAACUCAAGAACAGCAGCUCCAGUUCAGCAGGAUCAUCAAUCACAUCAAUCACAGAAGGAGCGACAGUACUUACGACGCCAGGACUUGACGAAGUACAAGAAACCACUCCAGACACUGAUGGUUAUCGCACGAGUGAGAGUUCGGAGACGCGGCCUUCAUCAGAAGACGGAAAUACAACUCAAAACGGACGAACUAAUUUUAAGGCUCCUUCCCGUAAUUUUUCAUCUUGAGAAGCUGCAUCUUUGCCACGUUUUCAAGGGGAAAAGGCGUCAAAGAUGACCUUCAAGAUGAAUCUAGGCAAGCUCUAAUAACGUUGAUACGGUAGAAGAUGAAGACGUCGUGAGGCAGGAUCAUGAGGUUGAAAACCUUGCAGCCGUAGGGACUGGUGAAGACAGUGUCCUACUUGUAUCUCCGGCUGGUAGCAGUUGCAAGGGCGUGGCACCUGAUCCUGCAUUAGAAGUCGCUGAAGCAGCAGCUCCAGUAGUCGUGGAAACGAAAUCCCUGAUCAUGUUGUCCGAUGCUCAACAUGGUAACAAGCAAGAAGUUUCAUCUCAUGUUGUAAAUACUAGCGAUGCGGCAGGUCCACCACCGCGGCCUCCUGUUCCUGCAAAGGAUGCUCCCCCUUCUAUUUCAACAGUAGUACCACCAUCUUCGACAAUGAUAGCAGGACCUCCACGACCUCCGAGGCUUAUUUCUUCUGCUGCAGGAGCAGAACAAUCAGCACGACCUGUUGUAGCUUCAGGUCCUCCACGCCCUCCCCCUUCCUCAACUUCAUCUUCCGCGUCUACCACGAAAUUCGGCCCAGCAGAGCCUCCGCCACGCAGGAGCCCUUUUGAUACCAAGCAUCCGACUAACAGUAUCUCCAGAUUUCCAAAUAUUGUGGGUAUCGUAGGCCCAGCGUGGCAAAAAGUGACCGGCCUAAGUUGGCCUGGCGACAUCGACAGUCGCUACUAUGAAAGGAUGCAGGCAGCAGAACGUCGUUACACAACACGCGAUGUGGAUCAGGGUUCCCAACUGAAGAAGAAGAAGGAGCAGCCAGUUCCUAUUGGAAAUAAUGGGGGAACAAAAAAUUAUGUGGAGCAUAUGGUUGCGGUCGUGGACAAGAAAUACGAGGUGAGCAAAGACGUACUUCAUAAGAAGACUGAGGAUUCUUCUGCAGGUUCAGAUGAAGUCGAAGACCCAGAAGUGACAGCAGCAGCGGCAACAACUUCGUCGAUGGAUAAGGCUACGGAUAUGGAUUCAGAGGAAAUUGCAAGUAGAACUUCUGGUCUUGUAUGCGAUGAAACAGCGUGGAUCAACAGCGGACUAUGCAGUCUUGCGGGACAAGCUGCCCAGAACGACUUCCACCAGAGGCGAAAGGGUUGGGGUUCUUCGUCAAGUUGUAAUAGUACUGCUUCUACUACUAGAUCAAGGACUACAAUUUCUGCGGAAGCAGCUUCUAAAGAGGCUCCUUCUAAAUCUAAUGCCAAUUUUUAUGUUGCAGCUGUUCCAGCACCUGCUCUUCCUCCUCUUCAGCGAACAACAAGACCGUCUGCUCGCUCAUCUUCUAAUCGACGUACUACGCUCGAAGCACAAGACGACGCAGUUUUUAAUGAAGAAAGCGGUGGAGGUUGUACUAGUCGUGAAGAGGAUAAAGCACAACGUCUCCGAGAUUCGCGAGCACGUAGACGCCAGCAACAGAGAAAUCGCCGAAAAUGUAAAGCCAUCACAGCUGCUGCAGGAGGUCGUGGGGAGGUACAGGUUGGUCUACUUGACGUCGGAACGGCAGGAGGUGGACGAGAUGACAACAGUGCGCAAAUGAUAGGAGGCACUAGUAGAACUACUUCUAUAACAAGUCAUUAUAGCGGACAUGGAAGCAGCAUUGAAGCAGAAUUGUUGGGCCGCUUAGGAGGAACAAGAGAAUUCGACGCUUCGUCGCCGACGUCGACGAUGACGAGCUUUUGCUCUUCCUCAACAGCUUCACAGAAUGAUAGUAAAAAUGACAGAAGAAGUUGUACAGGAUCAUCAACUACAGCUGCAUCAAGAACUACAGCAUUUGGUCAAGUGACUCGUCCACCACCACCAACUCCAAUGUGUUCAGUAGCCACAACAUUGUCGCGCGGCUCAAGUCCUCUGCCUCUUUCCUGCGUGACCCCAAGAGGCGGACGGAAGCCAUCAUCCUCAACCGAGGGACUUCUGGCCGUUAAAACAGCAGACUCGUCAGCAGCUAUUACAGCAGGAGGCGGAGGGGCAGGAGGAGACGCUGCUAAAGAUGGUGUUGUUGGCUUCGGAGCAGUAGUAGGAGCAACUACUUCCCAAACUGGUACUUCAUCAACGUCUUCGUAUCCCGAGUGUCACGACGAAUGGUCAGUGGAGGAUCGUCAACGCAGCGGCAGUUAUCUUGUCGUGAAUAACGAAAAAGUCGCUCUAACUAACCGGUGGGAGUCCGAAGCUUUACAGGCCAUGCAGUUUCACAGAGAAGCUUUGGGGCAUGAAGAUUGGGAGAGACUCAAAUCUUCGUCCUCUUUUUAAGGAAUUCCACCAAAUUUAUUACAUUCCCUAGUACUACAACGCCUCCAUAUUUGGCGCUUUUCCUUGGACAAAAGAAGCCAGGGACUUUCUACUGGGGACUGUAAAAAUUUUGUAAGCUGCUCUUGUUCUAAUGUUUGUUGCGAUACGACGUAGCUCUGGUGUCCCAUCAGCUUGCCGGAAGUAUGCGCAUGUUUCAUGAUCCGCAUAGGAUGCGACGUAAGCUAAGCCACGGAGACGACGAGGAUGUAGGAGAAGAGCUCUCCUACGACAUUGGAAAAUACUAUCGCGGAGGUGGGCCUGCUGGCGAUCAGCAAGUAGAAUACAACAAGAAGUGCUAUGACGUUACAGGACCACGACGAGGAGGAAGUGGUAACUUUGCUGGAGAUGCCAAACAAGGCGCUGGUGAUGGUGCAGGUCGCGAGACCACUGCUUCUGGAAAUUGCAACAAUGGGAAAAACGAAGAAACAGGAGACAACGGAGUAGAUGAAAGUACUGGAGAUGCAGUUGUUCCUAGAAGUAGUAGAAGCGAUGCUCUCGUCGUCACCGACAAACGAGACCACAAUCCCGUUCAACAAGGUGAACACGAUAAUGCUCCAGCUCCUUGUAGUGAAGAUGAACUACAACAGGAACAAGCCCAACGACUUCCACUAAAGUAGUCGUGUAGGCCCGGGAGUAUGCUGGUCUUCUGUUAGGUUUGGCAUCUCUUCGGAAGGCUGAAGCGUUUGAAUUUCAAUCUUUUAAAAUUCGUCUACUUUGAAUAAAGUCAAAAACUUUGCGUCCAAUCGUUUUUAGAGUUUACCUUCUUCGAUGAAGUCUAAAGCUUUGCCAUUUUCGGGUUUCCAUUUGUUUUUGGUUUUAUCGUCCAAAAAAUAGACGCAAAUGGAUGCCAGCAGCGUGGCGCGCUGUGCUCUUCAAGCUGAGGACCUGGAGGCUCAAGGCUGUGGCUUCUGAGUCUAGUUCUAGAAGUGAUACUGAUUCUGAUGACUGUUGUUUCUAGGUGGAUUUGUGAUUAGGUGAUGACCAUCUUGCCUGCUUUAAUUUUACUUCUUCUAUUUUUUCCUUCCUCUAUUACAACCAGAUCCUCGUCCUAUACAAUGAGAAUGACCACAUUUUUCUGUUUACAUGUUUUUCGUUGUACUGGUGGCCGUGUGUGCAAAAACUCGAAAACUCCUCCAUGGAGACCUGAGACUUCUCAUUGUACCCAUGAAGAAAAUCCUGUAGGCUUAGCAGAG